GCACAGGUCGGCUCAAAUAUGUCUCUACAAAACCAGGCUAUUCGAGCUGCGGGUUUGGGCUGAGCCACGCCUGGUCGUCGUAUACCAUAAACCUCAAUGAAGAGAAGCCUUGGGUUAUAUAACAGAAACACGAGGAAGUGAUUCCGAGGAACUGUAUAUCGAGAGUAGUCGGAUCGCCUGACGGUGCUAGAGAGGGAGGGAGAGCGAUAGAAGGAAAUUGAGUUCAGGAUGGGUCGCCCUGGCGGACUGGCAAUCGUUCUCCUCGUGGCUCGACAGCUCGCUGUGAUUUACGGGGCUCCUCUGAAAACGACAUUCGAAGGAUGCAGGAGAGGUUCCUUAUCAGGGGUUGAUUAUGAUUGUUGUCCGUCGGAGUACAGGGGGCCGAUUCUGGACUUCGAGCUGAAGUAUAACGCUUCCGCACCUGUUCGAAUCCGGAGGGCUAUGGAUUGUUUAGACGAGGAUGAGGCGUCGGAGUACGGGGAGAAACUGAGGAAGGGGAUCUCGCUGAUGAAGGCUUUGCCGGCGGAUGACCCUCGCUCGUUCGCUCAGCAGGCUAGGCUUCACUGCGCUUAUGCUACAGGUUCCUUCGUCACGGGUUCAGAGGGUUUCGAUAUUCACUUCUCCUGGUUCUUCCACCCCUGGCAUCGCUGGUUCCUCUACUUCCACGAGCGGAUUCUGCAGACAUUGCUCGGCGAUCCCACUUUCACUAUUUACUUCUGGCAUUGGGAUCAUGACGGCGAAGCCAUCAUAGGCCGCAACAAAUGUUCAAAGUCUGGCAUGUAUUUCCCUGCCAUUUAUGCGGACCCGGAUUCCCCCCUCUUCCAUGCGGCUCGCUCGCUGAGACCUGAAUUCCCAGCUUUGCCGGUAGACUUGGGACUUACAGGGGCCGAAUCGAUGGAUGUUCCUUACAGGCCAAAAGACUUGCUUCUGGCUAGAAAUGUAGCAGUUAUGCACGACGUAAUGGUGAUCAAAUCCAACACCAGCCGAAUUUUUUUGGGAAGGGAUCUCAGAGCCGGGGGCAAGCGUGUUUUACCAUAUGAAGGAGGCGGCUCAUUGGAGGUCACGGGUCACGCCAGUAUCCAUUGGUGGGUCGGCGGGGACUUACGUACGCCUCCGACAGCUGGAAAGGAUCCUGUAUUUUACGCGCACCAUGGGAACAUUGACAGGUUGUGGAAACUGUGGCCCCUCGGAGGUCAGGGCAGGGCCAAUCCCACAGACCCGGAUUUUCUGGACGCAGAGUUCCUGUUCUAUGACGAGACGAAGAACGUGGUCAGAGUGAAGGUGAGGGACGCCAUGGACACUCGCGCCCUGGGCUACGUAUACGAAUUCGAGGAGAGGAACGAAGCGUGGUGGAAUUAUCAGUCGACUUGGAACAGCUGGUUGAAGCCCGUGACACAUGGACCUGAUACGACGACGGAGCGAUCUCAAGGUGACCCCACAUCCUGAGCCAGCUACCGGCCUACAGAGAAUCAAGCACGUGGCGAGUAUGCAUAUCGUUCUUUCACGGCGCACUCUUACUCGCUCGAGUUCUCAUCGGGAAUGGAGCUCCGUCCAACACCUCAUCAGUUGAUUAGGAGCGGAAAUAGUAUCAUUUUCCAAACGGGGAGGAGGUUGACUGGAAAUUCAGAUCAAAUGUAAGUUACAGUGGUUCCUGCAUAUGGCGAGAGUUACUGGUUGCGGUGUAAGUUGAAUAAGUGUCGUUCAAAUUAUGCAGGACAUGGACCUCUUCAUGAACAGAACAAAUCGAUAAUAUAUAAUAUAUGAUAUAGACGACCAGGUGACCAAGCACUUACUUCUGCAGCCUCAGGCUGGUUUGGCCCUCCACGUAGACAAGGAAUCCGAAACGGCUUUGCUAGCACAAGAUUCUCAGAUAUUGUAACGUGGAAAGCUGAAACUAACAAUCUCGUUCCCCGAAAAAAACCCAUCUGAUUCAGA